UAAGAACCAUUCACCCAAGGAUGGAGCAGCCACUCCAGGAACCCCAAAGUCAAUGCUGUUGUCGGUGCACAUCAAGCGUGAGGGAGAGUCUCCAGUGGUCUCGCCCAUGUCCUCUGAAGACGCCCACCACUCCGACAGAUACCAGACGUUUUUACGAGUUCGAGCAAACAGGCAAACAAGAUUGAAUGCACGUAUAGGAAAGAUGAAGAGGAGGAAGCCUGAGGAGGGCGGCCAGCGUGAGGGUACGCUAGGUGACGAUGACUCUGCAGAUGGAGAAAAUGGGCGGGGCUUUGAGGAGUACGAGUGGGCGGGGCAGAAGAGGAUCAGAGCCACAGCCUUGCUGGAAGGAGGCUUCAGAGGAACUGGUUUCGCCACGUGUAGCGUCAAGGAGAGCGCGGCAGACAGCGACGCAGACUUAGACGUGGACGGAGACGACACCUUGGAGUACGGCAAGGCGCAGUACACCGAGGCCGACAUCAUCCCCUGCUCCGGGGCCGGGGAGGACCAGGGGGAGGCCCGGGAGAGGGAGGCGCUACGGGGGGCCGUGCUCAACGGUGGGAUGCCUUCUAACAGAAUAACGCCUGAAUGCUCCAAAUGGGCCAGCGACGAGAUGCCUUCAACAAGCAACGGAGAAAGCAGCAAGACAGACCCCGGCACUCCUUCAUCCUCCUGCUCUUCCUCCUGCGCCCCGCGCACCUGUAAAAACAGCGAGAUCGAAAAGUAGGUUACUCGUAUGUGCACACACGCUUUGUGAUUUAGUUUGAAAGAUGAGGCAGAAACGACUGUCACGUUUCCCAUCGUCACAUCAGACGUCUCAAACACACACUCUGCGAUUCUAUGACUU